GCUGCUCGAGAUGUGUUAGUUGAAACAAUGUAAAGCAAGAUCACAGACAUGAGGGGGGGACUCUUUCUGAUACUUGUUGUUAGAACAAGGUGUAAGCUUUUCAGAAUCAGGCAAGUGGCCAAUUGUUGAAGUAAGGACCAAGGGAAACACACUAUUCGUCUAUUAACGUUAGCGUCAAUGAUUACUGUUGCAUUACCCGCUCUAUGCAUAGCCUAUAUCCUUCUCAUAUUGACGUCAUUGGCAAGCAACUCUGUGCUCAUUCACAUCAUACGUACAAGACAAUUCUUGAAGACAGCAACCAGUCAUCUCAUACUCAAUCAAGCUUGUGCAGACUUGAUUGCAACGCUGACAAGCAUGCCCGCCAUGUUUAGUGAUUCCCUAUUUCACAGAGAGUGGUUUGGUGGAAAGGAAGGCCUGGUGACUUGUAAGUUCGCAGUGUGGGUGUUUUUUCUGCCAACGUUUUGUUCCGUAUCGACCCUGACAGCAAUUGCCAUUGACCGAUAUUUUGGGGUAACUCGGCCCUUGCAGUCUUCUCCGAUAUCACUUCAUAUCCGGCUUGUUAUUGUGGGAUUGUGGAUCUGGGCGAUUGGGUCAGCGGCUGGAAUGAAAAUUAUGGCAAAAAUAGUGUUCCUCGAAGGACAUUUUAUCUGCCUCAUUGAUUAUUCACACGUUGCGAUGAAUGCAUGGAACGUAACGGCACUGUGUUUACUGCUUCUUAACUUUCUUGUACCUCUUCUGGCCAUGACUGUGCUAUAUUCAAUCGUGAGUGUCCGUUUAUGGUCACGUGAUCCACCAGGGGAAGGAACCAAUCGCGACCAAAGACAAAUAGAAGUGAUGAAGACAGCUAAAAAAGUUUCCCAGAUGAUGACUGCUGUUGUGGUUUUGUUUGUUUUGUGUUGGUGUCCAUUUCAUGCUUUUGUUGGUUUAUAUUGCUUGCAUAAGAUUAGUUUGCCGUACCCUGCACUUAAGUUUAUAGUUUGGUUGUCAAACGCUUACAGUGCAGUAAAUCCGUCUGUUUACUUUUAUUUCAACAGUAAUUUUAAGCAGGAGAUAAAGGUCAUAUUUGGAAAAUGUUGCAGAAGGCCGAAGUGCUGCACAUAGAGAGCAUGCUUUUAGCAAUUUUGUUGUCAAAUUCCUUAGUUCGUGUGUCUUAUUGAAGUAUCAAAAAGUCAAAGUUAAACGCAAUUUUACAGGCAUAGCUUUUGCAUAUGCUUGUCCUAUCCAGUUGUCCUUUUUUUCACUGAACGAGAGAUUGAGUGAAUUAAUUGAGUGAGUGAAUGACUGACCGUCCGACUGACUGUUUGAUUGAUGGAUGGAUGGAUGGACGGACGGACUGACUG